UAGCAACUAUAGGUGGGAGAACGACGGCAGUCAGUGACGUCAGUGACUACUGAAUUAUGCAAUCCUAUCUCCUAACACUGGUACACUGUUAUUCUUCAACUGAUUUCAAAAUGUCCAGUUACAAGCUUAUUUAUUUUAAUUUUACUGGACUGGGUGAGCCAAUCAGGUACCUUUUGCACCAAAGCGGUAUCGAAUUUGAGAACAAAAUUCUCAACGUCGAAGAAUGGCCCAAAAUUAAAUCCACGAUGCCAUUGGGUCAAGUACCAGUUUUGGAGAUCGAUGGAAAGCCGUACGUUCAAUCGAAAGCUAUCGGUCGACUUAUCGCAAAGAGGAACAAUCUUUACGGUGCAAAUGACGUCGAAGAGUACGAAAUCGACGCCACCAUCGAUUUCGUUGCAGAUUUAUCAGUUUUGAUGGCGCGCUGGCAGUGGGAGAAGAAUCCUGAAGUAAAGCAGAAAUUGAAGCAAGAGAUCGAUGUCAAACUUCCCUUCACCCUUCAGAAGCUCGAUGAACAAGUAAAGAAGAACGGAGGAUUCCUCGUUGGUGGAAAGCUCACGUGGGCAGACCUCCAGAUUGCUGCACAUCUGGAAACGCUCAACAACCAGCUGAAGACCGAAGUUACCGAAGACUUCCCUGACCUGAAGAAACUUAAGGAGAAAGUCAGAUCAUUGCCGAAGAUCAAAGCGUAUCUCGACAGCCGUCCAAAAAUGUUGUUCUAAACUCUUCUCGAUGACUAACUAUUGAUAAAUAUAUUUUUGUAAUCGAUAUAACGUGACUAAUCGAAAUUCACUUUAUUUUAAUACAAUUUGCUCGCACAUGUUUCAUGAGACUCUGUUACACUAAAAUUAUACAUUUUUAUGUAUUUUUGUAUCUGACGUCUGUCUACUCUGGAGUAAAGAAUUCGAAUACGAUUGUACACGAUGCACGUACAAAAAUAAAUAACAUUUAACACUUA